UGCGGUCAAUGCCUUAUACGAAACGAAUACAAUCUCUCAUUUUCUGCCUCUGAACAUCUCUCUAAUUAUUAUAUAUGUUUUCAUGAGAGCCUCCAUUUGUUGUUGAUGUUUUUGGACUCAGCCUACUUUGUCAUUUAGUAGCACCUAAAAAGGAACCAAACCAAAGCAUUGUGUGGAUAUAAGCCACUAAAUCCUCCCAUCUGUUAGGUAAUCUAUCGGUGUGAAAUUUCUCAGCGCCAAAAAGGAGAAAUGGGGAGCUGUGAAGGGCAGUAUGGAGAAGAGUUUCCAAUUGUCCAACCAGACCCUGUGGUGUUGGAGAUUGAUCGUUUGCAAAACCAACUCAAAGAAAAAGUCAAGGAACUAGCGACUUGUCAGGGUGAAAUCAAAGCCUUAAGGACAACUGAAGCUCUGAAGGAUAAGGCCAUAGAAGAGUUGAGAAAUGGAGUCAGUAAAAUGGACGAAAGACUUAGAGUUACAGAGAAUCAUCUUCAACAAAAGAAUCUAGAAAUCAAGAAACUGACUGAUGAAAAGAAAGAAGCAUUGGCUGCACAAUAUGCUGCCGAAGCAACACUUAGAAGGGUACAUGCAAAUCAAAAGGAUGAAGAUUUUGCUCCAACUGAGAGUGUCAUUGCUCCCCUUGAAGCUGAGAUAAAAAUGUAUAGGAGUGAGAUCACAGCACUUCAAGAAGAUAAGAAAACAUUGGAACGACUCACAAAGUCCAAAGAGGCAGCGUUGCUAGAAGCAGAGAGGAUUUUGCAAAGCGCAUUAGAGAGGGCUCAAGUAGUUGAGGAGGUUCGAAAUCAGAACUUUGACUUGAAGAGACAAAUUGAGAUCGGCCAGGAGGAGAACAAAAUCUUAGAGAAAAAACACCGCCAAAAGAUUUUGGAAGUUGAAAAGCUUAGCCAAACCAUUCAAGAACUUGAGGAAGUCAUCUUAGCUAGUGGAGCUACUGCUAAUGCUGUUCGUGAUUAUCAACGACAGAUUUCUGAAUUGCAAGAAGAGAAGAGGACAUUAGAGAGGGAGCUAGCAAGGGUAAAAGUUUCAGCCAACAGAAUUGCAAAUGUUGUGGCUAAUGAGUGGAAGGACGAAAAUGAUAAGGUCAUGCCUGUCAGGCAAUGGCUGGAAGAAAGAAGGAUUAUGCAGGCAGAGAUUCAACGAUUGAAAGACAAGCUAACUAUAUCGGAGAGAACUGCUAAAGCAGAGUCACAAUUAAAGGAUAAACUGAAGCUAAGGCUUAAAACACUAGAGGAAGGCUUAAAGCAUUUCUCACGUUACCCAACCACUUCUAAUGUGUCAUAUGCAUCUCCAAAAGCAGAAAAGUCUAACAUACUAGGUUUCCUAACAACCAGUGGUGGACUGAGAAAGAGAUCCACAUCACAACCAAGGGCAUCUACGGUUGGAAGCUCUUUGCUCCAGCAACCAAAUAUUAAAAACAAUAUAGAUAUUGCAGCUGGGAAUUUAAAACUGGGGAGCCCUAUCAAAAAAUACAAUUCUGCAGAAAAUAUGUUGAAGAAAGGGAUAUGGGCAUCAAGAAGUAAAGUUGCUGAUAAUGGUGAAAAGGAAAAUGAGAUGCAGGUAAACACAGACAUAACUUUAAACAGGUGCAAUGAAGAAGGCGAAGCAGCCGAAAUUAAAACCACAGUUAUUAUGGAUGAAGACCCCGAAAGCAAGAAAACAAACAGUUCAGGCAGGGAUGAUGUGGUCUCAGGUUUUCUAUAUGAUAAGCUCCAAAAAGAGGUCAUCAAUUUGAGGAAGUCUUGUGAAAUUAAAGACAGUAGUUUACAAGCUAAAGAUGAAGAAAUUAAGAUGCUUAUAAAGAAAGUCAAUGCACUGACAAAGGCCAUGGAAGUAGAGUGGAAGAAAAUGAAAAGAGAAGCAGCUGCUAGGGAGAAGGAGGCUUCAUCAACAAAGUCAGAUGAUAACAGGAAAAGCAGAAGCGCAAACUCCUCUAAAAGGGAGGCGAAAGAGCGCUGACAAUUCUUUAUUAGGAAAUAGUUGAAGACAAAUUAUUUAUCAAUGGCAUCUUGUUCAUUUUUCACUGUAUAUACAAAACAUUUGGUGAGGUAGUAUCCUGAAAUAAAUUUCCGCUGGGGAAUGGGAGUUUGGGAAUCUGAUUUUGUACAGACAGAAGUGUUCAACAUCUUCCUCUAGAUUUGGAUGUAUGAUAUGGUUUAUGGUUGUUGGAUGUAUUAUUUAUUAGGACGUGUUUGAGUUAUCAUUCUAGUGAACGGCACCUACUUUUUUUUCAA